GCGACGGCAGCGCCAGUCAGGUGAUCAUUGUUGUCGUGGGCUGAGUCGCGGGUCAUGGUGUGCUGCUAGUGCUGCUCCUGGAGUGCUCGUGAUGUGAGAUGCAGGCCGCGCCACCCACCAUGUGAGUGCCUCCGUGACGAACAAUGCAGAGUGUGUUGGUGUACGGGCGACUCUUCUCUCGAGCCGUCGCGAACGGCAUCUACAGCGUGACCACGGGCGGGCAGGCGGCGGCCCCCCUGCAGGCCUCCUCCUCUGCUGCGGCGCCCUCGGCAGGACCCGAUGUCGACGCCUUCACCUCAGCCUCCAAGCACAGGAAAAAGCUACGGUUCCUCACGGCAGUCAGCGGAUUCCCGAAGAACAGAACUCUCGACAAAGUGAAGCCGGGGAAGUUUGGCGACGAUGCGUACUUCGUGGUGAAGCACGCCCAGGGGGACGUUAUAGGCGUGGCGGACGGAGUGGGAGGGUGGCGGGCGUGGGGAAUCGACCCCGGCGAGUUCUCCCACUCCCUGAUGCUGGUGAGCGAGCGCGUGGUGCGGGGCGGCCGCUUCAAGGCGUCGGAGCCCGCGGCCAUCAUCGCCCGCGCCUACUACGAGCUACUGGAGAACAAGACGCACAUCCUCGGUAGCAGUACAGCCUGUGUGGUGGUACUGCAAGGGGAUGCAGGCCACCUCUACUCAGCAAACAUCGGGGACUCUGGUUUUGUGGUGGUGAGGAAUGGCUCGGUGGUGCAUAGGUCCCAGGAGCAGCAGCACUACUUCAACACUCCCUUCCAGCUCUCCUUGCCUCCUCCCGGCACCAAUGCUCAGGUGCUCAGUGACAGGCCAGAGAGUGCUGAAACAUUAGAGUUCCUAGUAAAGGAAGGAGACAUGUUGAUGGUGGCUACUGAUGGAGUAUUCGACAAUCUUCCUGAUUCUCUAAUUGUUAAAGAAAUGGUCAAGGUCCAAGGAUCUACUGAUCUAUUAUUACUACAACAAGCAGCCAACUCAAUUGCACAACAAGCCCGUAAAUUAGCCUUUGAUGAAGAAUAUAUGUCACCAUUUGCAAGAAGUGCAAGAGAAAAUGGAAUUAAUGCAAUUGGAGGGAAGCCUGACGACAUCACAGUGGUGCUGGCUACCAUUACUGUGUAGGGUAGCAGGAGACAGCGACCAGCAGCAGCAGCUUGUGUUGACUUUGCCCAGUGUUGUCAAAGGUGGAGAAAAGUACCUGGGAAUAUAUUAUGUCUGUCAGUGUAUGAUGCAUACCUGAAACCUGUGACUUGUUUACAUCAGUGACAUACACAACACACACACACACACU